GCCUGGUGUGUACACAACUCCGGGAUUCACAGAGUUGUGUAGUUUCAGUUACGGGAACAGACGCUCAGGAAAAACCAGCGAUAAGAUGCAGCUCGACAGCCACGAUGUUGCCACUCAGGUGCUGUUCUGGAUAGACGUGGGCGCUGGCCUUCCCUUUACUCUACUGGUCCUCUGUUGGCUGUUCUGCCUGCCUCGAAAGGAUCGACUCCCCAUCACCUAUGUCGCAAACCUCCUCAUCUCCAAUCUGAUUCAAAUCUGCUUCUUGUGCAUCUGGAUCCUCUCUUUUCCUGGAAAUAGCAAAAUCCCGAUAAUCCCAAUAAUCUCUACAUUUGGUUUCUUCUGCGGUAUGACGACCAGUCUCUGCUUCAAGAUGUGUGUCGCGCUGGAAAGGUACAUGGUCAUCGCCUUCCCAGAACAGAACUGCAUCAGACGAGCUGGGAUUUCUGUGUUUGUGUGUAUCAUGAUCUGGGUCCUUUGUUUUAUCAUUAUUUUUUUUGGCCUAUACUUUGUGCGUUUUUUUUUCCUCCCCUACCUCACCCUCGUACCUUUCCCCCUGUUCAUCGUCUGUCUGGCUUUGACCCUCAGAGCGCUGCCUGCUGCCACCUCUGUGCCCGCUGAGGAAAAACGAAGAACCGUUGGAGCUUUGGUUCUGUUGCUGGUUAAUUACACUCUGCUGAUCCUUCCUUCAAUCAUUAUUAUGAUUGUAAUGUUUCCAAACCCCUUUGAAUUCCCAGGGGUCGUUCUGCCCCUGAUUCAGCUCAGUGCUUUUCCGGAUUUGAUUCUGGUUGUUCUCAUGCGGGAAGGGCCCGUUGACAGGUUGCUGGCGCGCCUGUGCUGCUGCAGGAUGGACGACGUUGCAGCAGAUGAUAGUGGAGAAUCACAAGUGUGACUGAUGUAGGAUGUAGACAGGUGGGUGCAUGUAGGCACAGAAAAAUUUAAAGCAAGGCAGCAUCUUUAACAGAUGAAACUUGCAUGUGGACACCUGACAGAAAAAAGGAAGCGUUUAUGAUGUUGACUGUUGGACACUGAAAAUGAAUUACAUAGAAAAUAAUAAUUACAGAAAGACUCCAGAUAUUAUUUACAUGUUUAACACAGAGAGAAUCUUAACAAGUCUCAGCACUCCACCCACCUUAGUCCAGGCCAUGGUUCUCUCUCACCUCACCUCCCUUCAUUCACAGUGAAACCCGAAUAGAUAACAGUCCGUCUGGUCUUCAAUCAGCCCGAAAAGUAACAAGUCACUCCUCUGCUCGUCAACAUCCACUGGCUACCCAUGGCCGCCUGAAUCAGAUUCACGUCUCUAAUGCUGCCUUCAGAGAGACUUCUGACUCUGCUCCAUCCACUUGAACUCAAUCAGCUUAAUGCCCCUCCUCAACCACUGCGUUCCUCCAGGGAACGUCGUCCGUCAUCACCAUCCCUGCACACAAGACGGUCUCAGUCCAGACUGUUCUGGUCUGAGGUUCCCUGAUGGUGGAACAAACUACCAAACACUGUCAGAGCAGGAGCGAUCUUCUGCAUCAUGAACAGUCUCUUGAAGACUCAUCUCUUCAGAGAGCAGCUCCUCUCCUAACAGCUCUAACAUUCCUAACUAGCUCUGACUUUGCACUUUCACUGCACUUAUUUACUUGAUGUCUUUGCACUUAUUAAAUAGAUGUAGUAGUUACACCCUCACUUGUAAGUCACUUUGGAUAAAAGCGUCUGACAAAUAUCUAAAUGUAAGAAUUUGUAAUGUGCAUGUCAGUUUAUAUUCAUAUUCUUUUGUUUUCAAUGUGCAAAUAAUAAAUUCAAUUCAAUUUGUUUAUUAUUUUUCA